CUACAGUAUGUGUAAUCAAAAACCAAUCAUUUAAAAAAAUCUUAUAUGAAAAAUUUUUCAGGUAUUUUUCUACUUUCUGCCGAAAAAUAAAUUUUAACUUAUAAAGUUAUCCGUACAAAAUGCCAUUAUAGAAAACUGUUGUACCUGCAUGUUAUGUGUUAUCUGUAGGAGUGAUUUGAAUAUAACAUUGGCUUGUCCACCGUAAGGUACAGCUAACGAAAACCGUGACUAUUUCCUUCCCGUAUGGCUGCGUAUGUUAACCGUUCAAUAUCUAUGAUGGCUGGCGACGGGCCCCAUAAUGUCGCUAUGAACAAUGGAACUAUGCGUGUGAAUGUGUCCAAUGUGGAUUCUCCCCUGCAGAUAUUUGUGAGAGCAAAGAAGAAGAUAAACGAUAUAUUUAUUGAAAUUGAUGAUUAUGUCAAAGACGCAGUCACUUUUAUUCAUGCCGUAUCAGGGGACAAUGGCAUUGCGACACCACAAGAUAUUACAAAUGUCGAAGCUUACGUCAGCAAAGUGCAGGCGAUACGGGAAGUACUCAAGCGUGAUCACAUGAAAGUUGCUUUUUUCGGAAGGACCAGCAAUGGUAAGAGCACAGUGAUAAACGCUAUGUUACACGAUAAAAUCCUGCCGAGUGGUAUUGGACAUACAACCAACUGCUUUCUCCAAGUGGAAGGGUCAGAUACAGAUGAAGCUUUUAUGAAGACUGAAGGCUCGGAGGAGAAGCUUAAUGUUGAGUCAGUCAGUCAGCUUGGCCAUGCCCUUUGCACCACCCGUCUCAAAGAGUCAUCGUUAGUACACGUCUACUGGCCCCGAGAGCUAUGUGCCCUUCUCCGGGACGACGUGGUGCUGGUGGACAGCCCCGGAGUGGAUGUCACACCGAACCUGGACGAGUGGAUAGAUAAGUACUGUCUGGAUGCUGAUGUAUUUGUGCUGGUGGCAAAUGCUGAGUCCACGCUUAUGGUCACUGAAAAGAACUUCUUUCAUAAAGUAUCAACGAAGAUAUCACAACCGAACAUUUUUAUACUGAACAAUCGAUGGGACGCGUCCGCCUCCGAACCUGAAUAUUUAGAUCAGGUCCGCAGCCAGCACGCAAACCGCUGCGUGGACUUCCUGUCGCGCGAGCUGCGCGUGUGCACGCCCAAGGAGGCUGAGGAGCGCAUCUUCUUCAUCUCGGCCAAGGAGGCGCUGCUCACGCGCAUGCGCGAACGGGAGAAGCCGGUGUCGUCGCCGAUCCUCAUAUACAAUACAGCGUGCGACAUGAAAGCCUCGAAAGUGGAGAAGCAGAGGAUAUUGCAGGAGCAACUGUCGUCCAUAGAGGAGCAGCUAACUUCCAUCACGCGACAGAUGAAGGACAAGAUUGGGAGGAUGGUUGAGAGUGUUGAACAUAAGGUGUCGCUCACGCUCAGCCAAGAGAUCCGGCGGCUGUCGGCGCUGGUGGACGAGUACGACACGCCGUUCCGCACGGAGCGCGGCGCGCUGGAGCAGUACAAGCGCGCGCUGCACCGCCACGUGGAGGCGGGGCUCGGCUCGCGGCUCAAGAAGCGCCUCUCCGCCGACAUCGGCCACGAGAUGGACGAGGCGCAGAAGGAGAUGGCGGAUCGCAUGUAUAACAUCCUUCCCAUACACAAAAGAGCCGCCGCCGCAAGCGUCAUCGUGCCGCAUCAACAACCUUUUGAGGUGCUAUACCGUCUGAACUGCGACAACCUGUGCGCCGACUUCCAGGAGGACCUCAGCUUCCGCUUCUCGUACGGCAUCACGGCGCUCAUACAGCGCUUCCAGGGCAAGAACACGAAUAAGAUAGCGCUUAAAAAUCCGCCGCAGUACACGCCCAUCCCGCCCACCAUAGGCCCGCCCGCGGUCGCAGAGGUGCAGCGCGUGAGCAACGGCGGCGUCGGCGUGGGCCCACUCAGCGCGGAGGAGUGGGGCAUGGUCUCCAAGUUCGCGCUCUCGGCGUUAACCUCGCAGGGCACCAUGGGUGGCCUCCUACUGUCCGGUUUGCUGCUGAAGACGGUGGGGUGGCGCGUGGUGGUGGCGACGGGCGUGGUGUACGGCGCGCUGUACGCGUACGAGCGGCUCACGUGGACGGCGCACGCGCAGGAGCGCGUCUUCAAGCGGCAGUACGUCGCGCACGCCGGCAAGAAGCUGCGCCUCAUCGUCGACCUCACCUCGGCCAACUGCAGCCACCAGGUGCAGCAGGAACUGUCGACUUUGUUCGCGAGGCUGUGCCGUCUGAUCGACGAGGCCACCACGGAAAUGGACUCCGAGCUGAUGGAGGUCCGCGACGCGAUCAAGAUGCUGGACGACGCGUCCACGUCGGCCAAGAAGCUGCGCAACAAGGCCAACUACCUGUGCCACGAGCUGGAACUCUUUGAUGACGCGUUCUUGAAGCCCAAUUAGAUUAUUGUUGGACAUCGAGGCUGCAAGUGAAACUACGCAUUUCGCUGUACAUCGAGCACUGGUAUGCCGAGCGUCGCCACGGGGUAUUAUAGUAUCAUUGUUGUCUUGUUUGUCUGUUGCGCGGUUACGCGAAAAUGGCUCUAACAUUCGUAUGACGUUAGCUUGUUUUUAAGAGUUUUUAGUAACAUCCCUGUCAUUUGGGAUAGAAUUUUAAAUAAUUGGUUAAUUCGUCGUCCUCUGGUCAGCAAAAUUUAUUCCGAUUACACGUCGGAGAAAUCUAAGGAUAUCGAGUUUAGAAUAUAAAAUUCACAUUUAUCUCUAAGGUUAAGAGAAUGACGUCACCACAAGGUGACGUCAUUGUAAUCUGGAUAUUAUAGAAAGUGUCGUAUGUCUAUGGUAAGAUGUUAUACUUUUUUUAGUUCAUUUUAAACUAGUCGAAUGUUACAGCUAUUUAAGUGUACCACCACAUAAUUAAAAAACCGAUGGAAAAAGAACGUCAAAAGGUUUUUCUUUACAAUCUUAAGUUUUCCUAAAAGAGUGUUUGAAUUUUAAAUCAAAUGAAAUUGUUUUUAGCUUGACAUAAAUUGAUAAUAUAUGUAUAUUUCAAAUUUCUCUGUGAUAGUUACAUUUUCAUGUUUAAUAAAUUAUACGAAAAACGCUUACGGAAAUGUCUAGAAAUAAAGUGUUUUAAAAUUGCAAGGAAUAUGAAAAUGAAAUUUCGAAACGAUUGCUUGUUUGUUUGUUGGAUUAGUAAGUUGUCGGUAGUGGCGGAGAAGAUAAUACAAUUUAAAUAUCGAAUUAUAUCAGUGUUCAAAUAUGCGGGUAUCACACACACAGUGGUGUGGGGUGUACAGUGUGCAAAUUACGUUGAUAUUAUAAUUGAUUGUUAGUCGGUGUCACAUGUGCGGGCGUAGUUCUUAAAUAUCGGCUAGUGCUUUUGAAGGGAAUGCAGAAAGGAAGAGAGGUGGGGGGGGAUUAAGAUCGCUUGUUGAAUUAGCAAAUUGAGGCAUAUGUCUCUGAAUAUCACUUAAUUUUGUGGAGUUCGUAAAUAUAGUUAUCGAAUCGAAACAAUGGUUUCGAUGUGAAAGCACAACGUAAAACGACUUCUUAAAGUUAAGUGGUGUUUGGGUAUUUACUCAAUACACUUAAAAAAAUUAUUUGUACUUGAGUAGUGAGAGUAAUUAUUGCUUUAUUUUUUUUUUCCAACCCCCCAACUCUACAGUGUCGGUGAAUACCGGGAAUGAAUUAAUGAAUUAGUAAACGCUGCGCUCGUAUUAUGAUCAGUGAGGACUCGUCAACAUUGUAUAUUAUUUAUUCGAUCGUAGGCAGGGGGCUGACGGUUGGUUUUGUUAGGUAAUUUAAUGCUGGAUUGUAGUAAAAUUAUGAAACGUUUAGUAUAUGCAAGAUAAAAGGAAUUAUUGUUUAUUAUAGUUGAUUAUGUCGCGGCGAGUAAUCGGUCUUAAAUUAGUGUUGCUAUUGCUUUAAGUUUACAAUCGAUAUAAAGACAAUAAUAUUUUUACUAUUUGUGAAUGCUUAAUAUAAUUAGCCGCAAUCCCCCUACCUACUUUGUAUAGUUUAAUAAAGCCCGAAUACUCAACUCGACGUUUACUCAAGUCCACACCGGAGAUUGAGUUGAGUUCGGCGCUCUUUGUGUAAAUUGUUGUUGUUAUUUAUGCCGCUUCGUAGUUGAAUCAAGUGUUAUGUUUGUUUUGUUGUGUAACUGUUUAUACAUUUUGUGUUGAAACGCACGGACAUUUUGUGGAUCUGUUUAGUGUUACAAAUAGCUUAGGGUUGCCGUUUGGAAAAAUUCAUUUGUUUUAUUCGCGUGCAAAAUAACGUUUCAAUACCCGCAUGGAGGCAUGGAGUUGACAACUCUCAAGUGACACGAAAAUUUUUUUUUUUUUGUAUUUUUGUCAACCGGUUAAAUUUUAUGUUAGUGACUAUUUUACAUAAUAAUUACCGAACAUUUAGUUGUUAGUCCAUUGAACGAUAAAAGAAAAUAUUACUCUCAGGUCUCAAUUUUUUUUGUAUGAAUUUUAUUUUACAAUUAAUUUCCGUGCGUUUCUAUAUUUUGGUGCUAAGUACCACACGUGAGGUCACAGUAUCUAUCCUUUUGACAACAUCCGCACUGCAGUAAAAGAAAGUUUUUAUGUUAAAGUGCAAUUUAUUUCAGACCUCGCUCAUUGUAUAUUAUUAUGAAUUAUAAACAUCUUAAUAAAUGAUACAAUUGAACAUUGUAUUUAAAUUUGUCUCGUUAAGCAUGUUUAUUAUCUGUGCAAAAAACGAGUUACUAAUGACAACACUAUUUUUUAUGUAUUAUAGGUAUUAUUGUCUAGAUAGAAAUAAAUUUAGUUACCAAAUUAGUUUCUUUUUUUUUGCGUAUCUGUUGGCAAGUGACAUUGACGUUGACAGCUAUCAAAACCGAAUAAAUGCGUAGUUUUAAACCGAAGAGGAAACAAAAAGUAGGCGAAGUGAAAUGCGUUUUUGAAAACGGCAAUCUUGGUUUAAAAAACGUGAUUAAACUGUACAAAAAUAUGAUUAUGUAAUGCAAUAAAGAUACUGUAAAUGCACCGGAAAUAAUUCCCAUAAAAAGGCUUAUUUUACACAACCUAUUAAUAUUCUGUGGUGACCAAUAGGCAAUAAGAAUGGAAUUUAUCGAAGAAUUACGCGAAGAAAUUGUUAAUAAAUUUAUAAAAUAAUCAUUGAUGUUUGUAGCUCGGCACUAAGGUACUAAGUAUCUAAAUUGAUGUAUUUGGAGAUCAAAAGUCAAUACAGUUUAUUUUUCAAGGAAGUCGUACUAUUUAACAAAUAAUUAAAAAGUAUUAGCCAUUAGCAGCUUCAUUUUUUAACACAUUGAUGGUAGGUCUCGAAACGUCCAAAUCAUUUAUUGUUUCUUAAAUAUACGAGGCCAACUUAUGGCAACUUUUAAUUACUCAAAAAAGCCGCAAUGAUUUUAGGUCUAAUUAUUUUUCGUUACUUGGACGUAUUUAAAUAUAGAUGUUUUAUUUAGGAGCGUUAGGUAAAUCAUUGCAAUGGUACUACGUUAUCGUAUACAAAAUAUCUAUUUAGUGAUUUUUGUAUUACCAUCUAAAUACGCUUUAACUACUUUUACAUGACAUUUAAAAUGCAUUUCAUUUGAAUCGGAAUUGUCUUUUAAAAUAACCUUUUUGCGUAAUAAAAUAUUUAUUGAAAUUAUCUGGCUACCACAAAAUGGAACCAAAAUUUAAAAAAAAUGAACCUUUGUAAAAUUGGAUAUUUGUUUACAUACCCAAAGCUGUGACUGACACAUACUGAUGUAACUUAGCCAUAUGAUAGGCAAAUUAGCUAUUUUAUGUAAUUAGCAAACACAUAGAUGAAUUUCUUAUGUAAAUAAAAGAUUAUU